AUGCAGUCCUCGCUCAAUAGCUGGCUGAAAAAGGCCAGCCUCGACAAACAGCUCCCGCAGUCUCAGCCGCCUCGCCCGUCUCAGCCGCCUCAAAAUGGGCUUCCGUCCAUGCCACCAAAGGCCAAUCGACCCCCCCCUCCCCCAAAGUCGGCCUCUGCCCCCCCGCGCGCGCCCCCUACCACCACGCCCACGCCCGCCGCCAUGGAGAACUGGAACGACAUCCCGGAUGACUUCCUGCAAGCUCCGUCGCGACCGAGAGCGAAGAAGAGCCCUCGUUCAUCCCGAGCAGUCACACCUGUUUCGGGAAUGCCUACUCCUAUCCUCCCACCAGUCGAGUCGCUCGCCAUACCCCAGCUCUUCGCCCUCCGUCCUCUGCCGCCGAAUGUCCAGCUCGUACCGCUUACCGAAGAACUCCUACCUGCAUUCAAGCGCCUCAACACCCUGACCUUGCCAAUAUCAUACCCUGAGUCUUUUUACAACGAGACCAUGACGGAGCCACAUCAUGGCAUCACGCUGGUGGCCGUGUGGCGCCCGGCUCCUGUGAACGAGGCAGAAGCAGCAUCGUCAGACCAACCGCACCUUGUCGGUGCUGUGCGAUGCCGGCUCCUGCCCUCGUCGCAACUGUACAUUUCCACUCUAGGAGUCCUCGCGCCAUACCGUGCCCACGGCAUUGCUAUGCAUCUUCUACAGGCGAUUGUCAAGAAGGCCGUCGAGCUCCACAGCGUCCGAUCUGUUACUGCGCACGUAUGGGAAGCAAACGAAGAGGGUAUGGAAUGGUACAAGAAGCGGAACUUUGACAUACUGGGAAAAGAAGAGGGAUACUACAGGAAACUCAGACCACAAGGCGCGUUUCUCGUGCGGAAAUGGAUUGGUGUGGGAGACCUGUUGGGUAAUGGUCUGACGCAAGACGAUGUGUUGAGCAGCAAGUGAGCAGAAUGUUCUGGUCUCGCUCUCCCGUUCAUCCUACCGACAUGCUUGUCCACACCCGCUUGCAUCGAUUGUCUGGAGUUUACCCACGUGGACUGCACCCGGUAAUUCGGAUCUUAUCAUCCUGCAUCCGUCUUCUCGCCUCUCUAUUCAGCCGGGUUGGAGUAUGGUACGCCCAGAGCCAUGUCUCCUCACCGCUGCUCGGUUUUCUCGCAUCCUUUUCCGACUAUCAGCGCCAUUGCAUGUGCCGGAUAAUCUGUUCCUACGCCAUGUGGCAAGGCACAUUUUCACAAUCAUCGCGAGUGCUAUGUGUGUCUGACAAACCGACAAGGAUUGGCUGAAUGUCAAUUUGCGGCUAAACCACCCCCGUCCAACUGUUUUAACAAGUGAUAAGAAUAGAAUCAAGAUCAGUCGAGAAGGAUCUAGGAAUCUU